AUGCACGCGCGCAUCCGUCGUCGGAAAAGCCUCCCGACCACACCGACGACGAACACCAAGAACCACUCCCUGAACAAUACGGCAACGUAUAUAUAUAUGCGCGUGCGAUGGAAUGCAGCAGCACAAUUUAUGCUCGAACAGAAGAGGAGAAAGAAACUACGAAGAACAGAGAGCAAGAAAAUGGCUGCGCCCAUGGGCACGUCCCUGUUCGUCCUCUUCCUUUGCGUCUCCCUCCACGUCCUCCCGGCCGCCGACGCCGCGCGCCUCCCGCCCGGCUCCAGCCAGAUCAUGGCCACCUGCAAGACGGGGCCGUUCCCGGAGCUCUGCGUGCGCGAGCUGGUCCAGCGCCUCCUCGACAUCCAGAUCGCGCUGGCGUCGGCCUCGGACCAGGCGGCCACCAUCGCCGGCGGCCCGGGACAGGUGGACGCCAAGGCGCUCGUGGCCGUGGCCAUGGAGGCGGCAGCGGAGGCCGGCGCGGUGGCCACGUCCGUGUUCGAGGGCAAGCUCCCGGGGUUCAACUCCAGCGUGCCCGACUUCAGGAAGUGCCUCGCCAACUGCACCGUGACGAUGAAGAGCGCCAUGAAGAAGAUCCACGGCGCCUCGGCCGCCGUGAAGGCCGGCGCCAACGACAUCGCCAAGACCCUGGCGUCGCGUGCCAUCGGCGACGUGUCGUCGUGCACGCUCAGCUGCAAGGAACUCAACGGCGACGUGCGCCUCAUCCUGCAGCAGAGCCUCGUCGAGUUCCAGAAGAUGCUCCAGAUCGCCGUCGCCUUCAUCAGCAAGAUUAAGCCCAAGCCGGUUCCUCCCCCGCCGGUGCCAACGAUGCCAUGA